AUGUUGAAGUCACUGGUGAUGAUAAUCCUACACCAAGCGAUCAUUCCCCCUACGGCCGAUGGUGUUGUGUUAAACUUGGCUCGGAGAAAACUAACCAAUGUAACAGCAGACAUGUUCAACUCUAGCAUAACCACUUUAUUGCUCCAUAUGAAUAACAUAGCAGAGAUAGAGCAUGGGACGUUUUCUGGUUUGCAAUCAUUGGAAGAGUUAAACUUGUCUGAAAAUAAACUGGCAAUAUUGACACAUGGUAUGUUUGGUAAUCUUAAAUCACUAACAUUUCUGUUUCUAUCUGAUAAUGCUAUAUCUCAAAUAGAAAGAGAUACCUUUUCUGGUUUGCAAUCAUUGGAACAAUUAGACUUGUCCUACAAUAGACUCAAAAUAUUGACACCUGGUAUGUUUGGUAAUCUUACAUUACUAAGAAUCCUGGGUCUAUCUCAUAAUUAUAUAUCUACAAUAGAGGCAGAUACAUUUUCUGGUUUGCAGUCAUUGGAACAAUUAGACUUGUCUUACAAUAGACUCAAAAUAUUGACACCUGAAUCGGACACCUUUUCUGAUUUGCAAUCAUUGGAAAAGUUAUAUUUGUCUAAAAAUAGACUGACAAUAUUGACAACGGGCAUGUUUAGCAAUCUGACAUCACUGGUAGAACUUUGGCUUCGCAGCAAUGAAAUAGAUAAGUUAGAAUCUGAUACCUUUUCUGGUUUGCAAUCAUUGGAAAAGUUAUACCUGUAUGAUAAUAAACUUACAAUAUUGACAACGGGCAUGUUUAGCAAUCUAACAUCACUGGUAGAACUUUGGCUACACACCAACGAAAUAGAUAAGUUAGAAUCUGAUACCUUUUCUGGUUUGCAAUCAUUGGAACGAUUAUACUUGUUAAACAAUAAACUGACAAUAUUGACACAUGGUAUGUUUGAUAAUCUUGCAUCACUGGCAGAGCUGUCUCUAACUAGUAAUGAUAUAUUCCAAAUAGAAUCCAAUGCUUUUUCUGGUUUGAAAUCAUUGGAAAAGUUAUACUUGAAUGGAAACAAACUUUCAAUAUUGACAACGGGCAUGUUUAGCAAUCUAACAUCACUGGUAGAACUUUGGCUACGCAGCAACGAAAUAGAUAAGUUAGAAUCUGAUACCUUUUCUGAUUUGCAAUCAUUGGAAACGUUGAUCUUGAAUGACAAUAAACUGACAAUAUUGACAACUGGUAUGUUUGGUAAUCUUACAUCACUGAAAAAGCUGUCACUGGAUAGUAACAAUAUAUCUCAAAUAGAAUCGGAUUUCUUUUCUGGUUUGCAAUCAUUGGAAGAAUUAGACUUGUCUUACAAUAAUCUUGAACAUCUUCCGGCCGACAUAUGCCAAGGCAUGUCAAAUAUUAAUGAAUUAACCCUGAUUGGAAAUAAUAUAACGUCUGUGUCAGAUGAAUACAUCAAUAAUAUAACUGCAAUAAGGGACAAUGACCUAUGCUCAAGGAACAUAGAGACCACCUCUUCAUCUACCAUUUUCCCAACAGAAGACAUCACUGUACCAUCUACACAAUUGUACAUUCAAACAGCGGAAGUAUCCAUUCAAUCAACAAUAGCAUCGAUUCAACCAUCACAAAAAUCCAUAAAACCAACACAUGCAUCUUAUCAACAAACAGAGGCAUCCAUUCAACCAACACAGGCAUCCGCUCAAUUAACACAAUCAUCCAUUCAACCAGCACAUGCAUCUAAUCAACCAACACAAGCAUCCACUCAACCAACACAGGCAUCCAUUCAACCAACACAAGCAUCCACUCAACCAACACAGGAAUCUCCUCAACCAACAGAGGCAUCUUCCCAACCAACACAGGCAUCCAUUCAACCAACACAGGCAUCUGCUCAACCAACACAUACAUCCAAUCAACCAACAGAGGCAUCCGCUCAAUUAACACAAUCAUCCAUUCAACCAGCACAUGCAUCCAAUCAACCAACACAAGCAUCCACUCAACCAACACAGGCAUCCAUUCAACCAGCACAUGCAUCCAAUCAACCAACACAAGCAUCCACUCAACCAACACAAGCAUCCACUCAACCAACACAGGAAUCUCCUCAACCAACAGAGGCAUCUUCCCAACCAACACAGGCAUCCAUUCAACCAACACAGGCAUCUGCUCAACCAACACAUACAUUCAAUCAACCAACACAGGCAUCCGCUCAAUUAACACAAUCAUCCAUUCAACCAACACAGGCAUCUCCUCAACCAACACAAGCAUCCACUCAACCAGCACAGAUAUCUCCUCAACCAAUACAAGCAUCCAUUCCACCAACGGGGGCAUCUGCUCAACCACCACAUGCAUCCAAUCAACCAACACUGGCAUCCGUUCAACCAACACAGACAUCCAAUCAACCCACACAGGCAUCCGUUCAAUCAACACAAUCAUCCAUUCAACCAACAAAGGCAUCCAAUCAACCAACACAGGUAUCCACUCAACCAAAACAUGCAUCCAAUCAACCAUCACAGGCAUCAAUUAAACCAACACAGGCACUCGCUCAACCGACACAGUCAUCUAAUCAACCAACGCAGGCAUCCACUCAACCAACACAGGCAUCCAUUCAACCAACACAGCCAUUCUCUGAGACAACAGGGUCAUAUUUAGUAUCUUCCCUAUCACAUGAUAAUUCCAUAAUCAUUGGCUUAGCUUGUGGGAUUCCAGCGUUAGGUGUAAUUAUCAUUAUUCUUUUAUGUAUCGUAUUCUACCUUCUGAAAACAAGACAAUCAAAUACGUCUGUUCGAACAAGUGAAAGAACCGGAGAUAAAACAUGGGCGGAAUCAGAUGAAGAAUUGAAACAUGAAUAUCUGUUUAUGUAA